UUUUUACUAGUAAUGGCAGCGAUCGGUGACUUCUAGCGGGACUGCGGCGACAUUCUGACACUGUGGGGGACUGAGUUGGUGUCACUGACAUCCCCAGUGACACCAAUACAGUGAUCAGUGCUAGAAAAAAAAAAAAAAGCACUGACACUGUACUAAUGGCACUGGGCCAGAAGGGGUUAACAUUAGGGGCGAUCAAAGAGUUAACUGUUGGCAGUGUCUGUGUGGCAGUGUAUGUGUGCUUCACUGUAAGCACACUGCUUUGGAUGGCUGUGCCGUGUACAGCCAUUCAAAGCAGUGUGCCUGAGCUGACAGGGAGGAGAACUGUUCGUAAACAAAACAGUUCUCCC